AUGAAUGAAGACCUGUUUGUAGAUUAUAUGCUACAUUUCAUUGAACACACUCGUUGCACGAAAGAAAGACCAGUGCUGCUAAUUCUGGAUAAUGUGGAAACACAUAUCACGAUCAACACAAUUGACCUUGCACGUGAGAAUGGCGUUGUUCUGCUCACACUUCCUCCCCACACAUCCCACCGAUUACAACCUCUUGAUAGAACCGUCUACGGUCCAUUUAAGAAAGCCUACAAUGCGGCAAUGGACGGGUGGAUUCACUCUCAUCCUGGGAGAACAGUUACCAACUACGACAUUCCCACCAUUGUUUCUGAAGCUCAGCUCUGUGCCAUGUCACAACGCAGUAUCAAGACAGGAUUUGCAGCCACUGGCAUCUAUCCCUACAAUAAGGAUAUAUUCGUGGAUGCUGAUUUUGCUUCAACUGCAGUUACUGACCGUCAAAAUCCUGAAGCAAAUGCAGAUGCUGCAGAUCUGGAUCCAAUUCCUGGUCCAAGCUCAGGUGCUGUGGGUUCACCGCCGAUCCCAAGACCUAGUUCUUGUGGCAUGGGCCAACAGCCUGUUUCCAGUUCUUGUGAAUACGUCUCGCCAUCAGCAAUCUAUCCUUUCCCAAGAGCUGAACCAAGAAAAACAAAAGGGGGAAGAAAGAAAAGGGCAACCAAAAUACUGACUGACACAGCAGUCCGAGAUGAAUUGGCAGCAGAAAAAGCAAAGGUUAAACCCACCAAAGACAUAAAAAAGAAACUAUUUAGCCAAACAUCCCAAAAGACAACAGCCAAUGUCACCUCGGAUGACGACAGCGAUGAUGAAGACUGUGAGUCCAUGGCCAUGAACGAUUCUGAUGACGACGAUGUAUCGGAUGAUGAACUAAUAGAAGGUGAUUUUGUGGUAGUCAGCGUCAAUGGCAAGAAAACCACACGUCGAUACAUCGCCAGAGUCGAUGUAAUUGAUGGUGAUGAACUCGAGGGUGUCUUCUUGAAGAGAAUCCAAGGCCGAAAACCCAUGGACGGCAGACAGGCCUUCAUUAUCGACCCCGAUUCGUUAGACAAGAUAUUGUAA